UCGUUUUGUUCGCGGAGAUGUAUUCUGUGACUUAUUCAUUCCAGAAUAAUAAUAAUAAUAAUAAUAAUAAUAAUCGAGUUGUUAUUAAAAACAAACAUGACUCUCCUUUGAGUAGAACUUGUGGAGACACAACCAGUUCUCCAGGUGGUUCUCCCAGACCUCGUGCACCGACUCCAGGAGCCGUGGCCGGCCUUGAUUUGUUACCGUUAACUUCCAAUGAUGAAAUAUCAAGAAGAAGAGAAGCGACGCUUCGCCAGCAUACUUUCUUCCAACUCAGAAUUUAUUUGCGCAGAGGACACGGGCUGGUAGCCAUGGACAAAAACGGUUUGAGCGAUCCUUACGUAAAAUUCAAAAUAGGAGGCCGGCUCAUUUAUAAAUCUCGGACAAUUUACAGAGACCUGAAUCCUGUGUGGGACGAGAGUUUUACGGUGCCUAUCGAGGAUCCAUUUCUUCCGAUUUCAAUCAAAGUGUUCGACUAUGAUUGGGGUUUGCAGGAUGAUUUUAUGGGUUGUGCAACAUUAGAUUUAACUACUUUAGACUUAGGACGAAGCAACGAAUUAGUUUUUCCGCUGCAAGAUCCAUCAAGGCCGGAUUUCUGUCUCGGAGAAAUAUUUAUUUCAGCCACGCUCUAUCCUAAGACCCAAGAGGAUAAGGAGCAAUACUUUCAAAAGAACAGUAGGAUACAGGACGUGAACAAAAGACUAAAAUCGCAAAUUUGGAGUUCAGUAGUAACGAUAGUAUUGAUUGAAGGUAAAAAUCUACUAGCCUGUGAUCCCGAAACCGGAACUUCCGACCCUUAUGUCAAAUUUAGAUUAGGUAAUGAAAAAUACAAAAGUAGAAUAAUUUGGAGAUCGUUAAAUCCUAGAUGGCUGGAGCAAUUGGAUUUACAUCUUUACGACGAUGGCGAUCAGCAGCUUGAAAUUACAGUUUGGGAUAAGGAUAGGACGAAAGAUGAUUAUAUUGGAAGGUGUGUAAUAAAUUUAAUGGACAUGGAACGAGAACGAACCUACAAUUUAUGGCCAGAGCUCGAAGACGGCGCAGGAUCUUUACAUUUGCUGCUGACCAUUAGCGGAACAACAGCUUCGGAAACUAUAUCCGAUUUAACGAGUCACGAGGAUAACUUUAGGGAAAAACAGAAUCUUUUAAACCGAUAUGUGUGGCAUCGAACGUUCCAUAACCUAAAAGACGUAGGUCAUCUCACGGUAAAAGUAUUUAAAGCCACCGGAUUGGCCGCGGCAGAUAUAGGAGGCAAAAGUGAUCCGUUUUGUGUUUUAGAGCUCGGCAACGCACGAUUACAAACGCAAACCGAAUACAAAACUCUGAGCCCGCACUGGAAUAAAAUUUUUACGUUUAACGUUAAAGAUAUCAAUAGCGUUUUGGAGAUUAUUGUGUUCGACGAGGACCGCGAUCACAAGGUAGAGUUUUUGGGUAAAAUUGCGAUUCCGCUAUUGCGGAUACGUAACGGCGAAAAGCGGUGGUAUGCGUUGAAGGAUAAGAAACUAAGAAGUAGAGCAAAGGGUAAUUCGCCUCAAAUUUUACUGGAAUUGAAUUUGGUUUGGAAUCCCAUCAGAGCUUGUAUACGCACUUUGAAUCCUAAAGAAGAAAAAUUUAUGCAAACCGAAAUUAAAUUUAAAAGACAAGUUUUUGUUAGGAACGUUCUACGGUUGAAGGUUUUUAUAAUGCAUUUUUUGGAAAUUGGAAAAUUCUUUCAAGAUUGUUUCGAGUGGGAAUCAAAAUUUCAAAGUUUCGCCGGUCUAGUUGUUUGGCUUUUGCUAUGUUACUAUUUUCAAAUUUGGAUGAUACCAGCCGGAGGCCUACUGAUUUUUUUCAAACAGUAUAUCAUACGGAGUUUAGCGGGACCAGCUUCAGUACCUUGGGACGAAAUCGCUGAUUCGGAUCUUGACGAAGAAGACGAUGACGAUAAGGAAAAAGAAGAAAAGAAAAGCUUGAAAGAACGCUUACAAGCUAUCCAAGACGUUACUCAGGGGGUUCAAAAUGCUAUUGGGAAAAUUGCUUCAUUAUUGGAGGGUAUCAAAAAUAUGUUUAACUUUACGGUUCCUUACCUGUCCUGGAUAGCGAUAUCGUUGCUGCUAUUGGCCGCCUGCGUCUUAUACCUAAUUCCGAUGCGUUACCUUUUGAUGAUGUGGGCGACAAAUAAAUUUCUAAGAAGAAUAUUCAGGCCUCACGUGGUUCCCAACAACGAAAUUUUAGAUUUGCUCGCGAGAAUACCAGACGAUGAAAUGUUGACGUACAUAAAUUUAUUGGGCGCCGGAUUGUCGACCCAUGUGGGACGCUUCUCAGUUUUACGAUGGUACUUGCAGCUGGACUACAAAGACUUGAAGCUGCUGUCGAAUCCGGAACAGGACCGACGCGCGCAUCCCAAGAAGAAACAUAAAACGUCAUAGUGGAGCGAAAAAAUGCUAGCGAGAUGGAAGGUUAGAUUUGAAAAGUCUGAUUAGUUUUUAUAUUUAGAUUUUUGUUAUUUUGGUACAAAUUUUUUUGUUUAGGUUUGUAGCUAAUUUGAUCUGGUAGGUGUAUAUGUCACGAACCUCGUUACUAGUAAUUGAUUAAUGAUGCAGUGACGGAUGUAGGGAUGAGUGGUCCUCAGCGAAAAAUAUAUUUGUGGACCCCUAAUCUAUCACUUGAGUAUCACGUAAAAACAUUUUUCGCAGCAUCGUGGGGCCCUUUUGGACCCUGGGCCCCUGCUCAUGUGUCCGACUUACUGGCCCCAUGUAGCACUGAAGCUUGAGAAGGCUUAUUGUGCUUAGCACGUUUUAGUAUUUUGGUGUCCUGUACAAGGUUGUACAGGUUUUUACUGGGUGGUGCUUCAGUACCUAUUGUUUAUAAGGACCUGUCUAUCGGUUACGGCUCUCCUGUAAUUGCGCACUGGAGUAUAGCAUAGACUUCUACCUGAAAAACAGAGGCAUGCCCCCCCACCAGUGCAUAGUGACUGCUGUAGCUGGCGGAUUAUACCCGUCCGGGGAACCAAGUCCGGUCUUACUUUUUGAUCUCCAGUAUACCCUGUUGCCAUUUAGUUCUUCUUGGGAAGCUGACGUCGAACGGUUUGUUGAAGAAGUGUCAUUUUGUCAUGUGGUCUGUCUUCAUUUUCAGAAUAUCUCCCCCAACAAGUUCCGCGAUUUUCAUGUGUCCCGUCGGUUGUCGGUUGCAGUCUAUAAUCUUCCAUCCUUCCCUCUAUCACAAUGUGCAGAGGUGGGAGGUUUAGGAGAGUCUCUGUGGACCGCAUUGCUUCCGAUAUUCCUGAGCAGGCCACUCUUGGCACUUUGCUAAGUUGGCGCAUGGCAGUAUCCUGCUCUGUCUUUGGCCACCACACUAGGGAGGCAUAAUCUGUCAAGAUGGAGUUGAACAUUAUGCUGUACGUCCAGUCUCAAGCCCCAUAACACCUUAGGAUGUAGUUUAGCCUUGCAUUUAUUAUGUUUUUGGUGCCCAUAUGGGGCCAUUCCCAGGCUCAGGAACCUCUAGUGAUGUUGCAAGUGUGAUUAUUCGAGAAUAUUUUUGUGAGCUUUUAUGGCUUCCGGCCUUCUCGUUGGCAUGUGGUUUUAGUCUCCUGUUGUAUUGAUGGUUUGAUACAAGACUGGCAAAUUCUUUUAUGUUCCCCGCGGUUCCACCCGCCGUUCAAUUUGAAAGAAAUCGCAUUAUUUAUGAAUAACUAUGAUAGUAACAGUGAAUUAUUGUUCCAUAUUUCGGGACCGUUACAACACAUUGGUCAAUUUUUUUUAAAGAGAUUCAUGAUGUGAUGUAGCAAUUAUUAUUUAUAAUUUCCAAAUAGAAAACAUAUUUAUUUUUCUUUAUUUUAACCGCACAAUUAAAAAUGAAGCGACUGAAAGUGGACUUUAUUUAUCGAAAUCGACAUUUAGCCGCUUCGUAUCCAAAAUUCAUGUAAUACCUUCAAUAAGUAACAAACAAUAUUGUACAUAAUCAAAAAUGUAAAUAUUUAUGUAAAUUAAUUAUUUAAAAAUUCGAAAAUUAUUAGUUUUAAGAUAAUGUAAGGUAAAUAAUGUACCGGUGAUCGGCCACUAUUUUGAAUGGACAAGAAAAAGCGGCCUAUAACUGAAACAUUUACCUUAUUAGAAUAUUUUCCAUUUGUAAUAUGGGGUGCUUUAGAUUUAAAUAUUUUUUAAGAAAUAAAAUAUUUUAUUUUUGGUAUUUUUAUAUUUUUAUUAUUUUUUUGUAACUAAAUUGUUUUUUUUUAUUUGUGUGGUGAAGAGCUUUUAUAAUGUAUUAUAUGAAUCAACGAAAAAAGAUUGUUUAUAUUGUCUUAUUGUUCUGAAACAUUUUGUAAUCGACAGUCAUAUUCCAUAGGACAUGAAACUAACGCAAAUCUUAUGCUUAUGGAAUAAGACUAUACCUACUCCUGCUAAAAUGUCUUCUUGUUCUUUACAUUCUUCUAUAUUCUAUUUAAAUUUUUAUAUCUAUAUGUAUCGCCGAUAUUUCUUACACAUAAUGUAAUUAUGAAUAAAGAAUAUUAUUGUUCAUUAAAAUUUAAAACUUUUAUAAGAGUUUGUGCAAACAAACUCGAAAAAGCACUCAUUUUCAAAUUGCACCAAUGUGUGAUGUUUCAAUUAAUUAAUAAUUUGCCAAUUAAUCAAAGUGAUAUUUAUGUUUUUUUAAAUUAAAUAUAUAAAUCUAACAUCUACCUAUUUCGUUUUUUUUUAGGUUCCUCGACUUGUUUUUAUUAAACGUGAUUUUUACAAAACCAAAAUCACAA